GGAUCCAAAAAAUAUCCGUUUGCAUUCAGAUCCUCGAUCUGAACAAAGAGAACAGAGAGAAAGAGAGAUCAGGAAUGGACGCCAUUGAUUCCGUCUUCGAUCCUCUCAGAGAUUUCGCCAAGGACAGCGUUCGACUCGUAAAGCGCUGCCACAAGCCUGAUCGCAAAGAGUUCUCCAAAGUUGCGGUCCGCACAGCGAUCGGUUUCGUAGUGAUGGGAUUUGUGGGCUUCUUUGUGAAGCUGAUCUUCAUUCCCAUCAACAACAUUAUCGUCGGAUCUGGUUAGGAUGAGGGGAGUAUUGGCACUCAAGAAAUGCAGCCAAGUAUGCGAAGCAGGAAGAGAUCCUUUUCGUUAGUAUGAUUUAAUGUACUUAAUUUAUGCUGUGUUUCCUUUGUAUCAUCUCCUCUAAUCUUAGGAACUAUACGUUCGUUAUUUGUAGACCUUGUGAAAAUUUAUGGAGCUUUGAGAAGGAAUUGAGUAGGCAUUGCAAUUUUGUUUCAAGUCGUUGUUUUAUAAAUUGAUACUCUUGGUUUUCAAUUUCAAUUUUCAUCUUCAUUUUGAUA